AUGGGCAGCGAGGGCGAUCCCGAAGCUUCUCACAACGACGAUAGACCGCAUGUGCUUGUAUCCUACCGCGGCCGCGCACCGCAGGCGGUGGCGCUGGAUGGUUGUGCCACGCUUGGGGACCUCGCGCGUCGCCUGCAGCAGCGGCUCGGCAGCGACUCCCAGUGGGCGCCCGAGACGGUCAAGCUUUUGCCCAAGGGGUCCACCAACGCGCUGAAGCCGUUUGAGCAGGCGGCACGCACGCUUGCAGACGCGGGCAUCGGCCCUGGCGCGCGCGUGCUGCUGCUGGCGUCAGACGCGGCCGCCGUUGAGGGCCUGCGCUCCGCCAAGGACCUGGCCGGCCUGGUGCCCUUUGAGGCGGAGGAGGCGCGCGCAGCGGCCAGGAGGAGGCGCGGCCACCCGAGCGGCGGCACCACAGGCCGUCACUUCUUUGGGGGCUUCAAGGUGAUGGAGCACCCCGGCCUCACGCCGGCCCCCGCCCUCGCGCUGGCGCUGCUGCAGCGCCUGGCCUGCGACCCCGCAAUCGCGGCCGUGAUGUCCAGGCGCGGCUGGCGCGUGGGGCUGCUGAGUGAGAUGCCCCCCGAGGGCAAAGUGGGGGUGUCGGCGGUGUGCGUCCUCGGGUACAACGUCAACCAGGGCCAGGAGAUCAGCCUGCGGCUGCGCACCGACGACAUGCGCGGGUUCAGGAAGUUCCUCAAGGUGCGGGAGACCCUGGUGCACGAGCUGGCGCACAACGAGUUUGGCCCCCACGACAACAACUUCAAGGCCCUCAACAGCCAGCUGCUGAGGGAGGUGGCGGCACACGAGGCCGCGGCUGCGGCGCCGGGGCGGCUGCUGGAGGCCGCCGCAGCCAAAUGGCGCGGCAUGGGCGGCGACGGCGGCGGCGAGGAUGACUACGCGGAUGACUACGCGGGCCACGACGAGGCUGACGGGCCGCACACGGGCGUGCGGCUGGGUGGCGCCCUGCCGCAGGCAGCAAUCGGCACGAUCAGCGCCGACGCGGCGGCGGCCGCGCGCGCUGCUGCAGGCGCGGCGGCACUGCAGCGUUUUGAGGUGCUUGAGCAGCGGCAGCGGGAGCAGCGGGAGGCCGAGCGCGCCGCGCAGCGGGCCGGGAGCACUGCGCCCGGCACCGGCGGCGGCGUUCUACCGUCUAGCGGCAGCGACGGUAGCAGCGGCAGCGAUGGCGAGCGUGAGAGGGAGAGGGAGAGGGACGCGCAGGACGCGGGGCACUACGAUCCCUCUACUGACGCCAAGGAGCGCGAGAUGGAGCGGCUGGGGUCGCUGGAUGGCGGCGGGGUCAGUGGUGAUGACGGUGUGAGCAUGCCGUUGGAGCCGCAUGCUAAUAACGUGGGGGCAGGGCAGGCGCAGCGACAAGGACAUGAGGAGCAGGAGCAUGACGCGGGUAAGAGCGACCACUGGCGAGAGGGGGAUGCCCGACAGGCGAUGGAGGUGGAGGGGCUGCCGCAGCCGCAGCAGCUGCUUGCUGGUGAGGCGGGCCAGGAAACGGUGUCCCCAGUUGGGGCAGCUGCGGCAGCACUGGCGCCUCUGCACAUUCCGCCAAUGCUCCCUCAGCAGCAGCAGCAGCAGCAGCAGCAGCAGCAGCAGCAGCAGCAGCAGCAGCAGCAGCAGCAGCAGCAGCAGCAGCAGCAGCAGCAGCAAAACGGCGACGAGGCGGCGAGCGACGCUUUCAGCGCUCUGGACAGCCCAGCGGCCCGCAAGGCAUCCGCGGCGCGCGCCGCCCUGCAGCGGCUGCACCUUGAAAUAACAUCCGCAGCGACAACGGACGGCGAACCGCCGGCGACAGCGCUGGCCGCGACGCUGGGAGCUCUGUCGCGUGCGCUGCACAACGUGGUGUCUCACCCGGGGGAUACCCGCUACCAGGGCCUGCGGCUGUCCAACGCGGCGGUCGCGAGGCGACUGGGCAGGUGGAGCGCAGCGCGCAAGGUGCUGCAGCUCGCAGGGUUUGAGGAGGGCGAGGCCGAGGGGGUCCCGGCGCUGGUGUGGCGGCGGCGCGACCCUGGCCUGGCGUGGCUGGUGCUGUCGGUCGUGCAGAAUGCGGCUGCCGCCCUUGCAGAGGGGCCUGCGUAA